GUGUUUAUGUACAAAAGGAAAAAAAGAAAAAUACAGAAGAAAAGAAAAUUGAGCUGAGCAGAAUGGCAGAGUUUGGCCCUAACUCAUUAUUUGCUUCAGAGAUAAAAUAUAAUACCUAUGACAAUCUAAAUUCGUCAUUAUUUGCUUCAGAUGUGGAAUAUAAUACCUACAACAAUCUCAAUUGGACUGAAAUUGAAAAUUUGUUAAUUCAAAGUGUUCCAAAUUUUACUGAGUUUAUCAUCUUUCAUGUCAUUCUUUUUACUGUCUGCUUUUUGGGACUUGUAGGGAAUGGAAAAGUCAUCUGGAUUCUUGGUUUCCAUAUGAAAACAAAUUCUUUCUCCAUCUAUGUCUUGAAUUUGGCUGUGGCUGAUUCUGGAAUACUUAUACUGAAAGUUUUGGUUAAAAUAUUUGAGUUUCUUAAUGCAUAUCAUUUUAGAAUAUAUUUAAUUUUUUCCAGUCUUUAUUUUGUGAUGCACAAUACUAGUCAACUUUUAUUAAUAAGCAUCAGCAUGGACCGUUGUGUAUCAGUGCUUUUUCCAAUUUGGCAUCAAUGCCAUCGGCCACCCAAAUUGUCCCUCAUUGUGUGUGUUAUCACUUGGGUUCUGCCCUUUGUGUACUUUGCCUUGGAAAUGGUGAUGACAUUUUCAAAUACUUUUCUAAUGUUUCAGAUUAUUUUCAGUUCACUGAUUUCUUACCCAAUAGUGGUCAUUUUCACUUUGAUCCUGCUUGUUAAAAUUUUCAUUAAACCACGCCAGCAAAAGCGGAAAAAAGUGUUGACGGUAGCCUUGCUUGCACUUGUGUGCUUCAUUGUACUUCGUUUGCCUCUGACCAUAUUUUCCAUUAUUGUUUAUGCUAUGCCAGUGAUGUCCUGGAUUGAACCUAUUAUUAUUUCUUCAUGGAUAUGUGACAUGUGUAUUGCAGUUAAUAGCAGCAUCAACCCAAUCCUUUAUUUCCUGGCUGGGAGAAAUAAAGAGGACCGAUCCAGAGUAUCCAUGAAACUUGCACUCCGCAGGGUUUUCAGAAAUGAGGAAGAUAUCAAGGAAGAUGGGACACAGCCUGAUGAAACCCAGUUGUGA